GCGAGGGGGCGGGCCCGGCGCUGAGGGAGUCGCCAGUACCGGAUGAGGAGCCUCGGAGGGGAAGUUUGGCCGCGGGGCCUGUGAGCACCGGGAGCGGCACCGGAGCCUCAGCACCGGGGCCAUGGGGAACCGGGGCAUGGAGGAGCUCAUCCCGCUGGUCAACAAGCUGCAGGACGCGUUCAGCUCCAUCGGCCAGAGCUGCCACCUGGACCUGCCGCAGAUCGCCGUGGUGGGCGGGCAGAGCGCGGGCAAGAGCUCGGUGCUCGAGAACUUCGUGGGCCGGGAUUUCCUGCCCCGUGGCUCUGGGAUCGUCACCCGGAGACCCCUCAUCCUGCAGCUCAUCUUCUCCAAGACAGAAUAUGCCGAAUUCCUGCACUGCAAAUCCAAGAAAUUCACGGAUUUCGACGAGGUCCGACAGGAAAUCGAGGCCGAGACCGACCGGGUGACGGGGACCAACAAAGGCAUCUCCCCCAUCCCCAUCAACCUCCGCGUGUACUCCCCCCACGUCUUGAACCUGACCCUCAUCGACCUGCCGGGCAUCACCAAGGUGCCGGUGGGGGACCAGCCCCAGGACAUCGAGUACCAGAUCCGGGACAUGAUCCUGCAGUUCAUCAGCCGCGAGAGCAGCCUCAUCCUUGCUGUCACCCCUGCCAACAUGGAUCUGGCCAACUCGGAUGCGCUCAAGAUGGCCAAGGAGGUGGAUCCACAAGGCCUGAGGACCAUCGGCGUCAUCACCAAGCUGGAUCUCAUGGAUGAAGGCACAGAUGCCAGGGAUGUGCUGGAGAACAAGCUGCUUCCUCUGCGGAGAGGCUACAUCGGUGUGGUCAACCGGAGCCAGAAGGACAUCGAUGGCAAGAAGGACAUCAGGGCAGCGCUGGCUGCCGAGCGCAAGUUCUUCCUCUCCCAUCCCGCUUACCGGCACAUGGCCGACCGCAUGGGCACCCCCCACCUGCAGAAGGUCCUCAACCAGCAAUUGACCAACCACAUCCGGGAGACGCUGCCCUCCCUGCGGAGCAAGCUCCAGAGCCAGCUCCUAUCCCUGGAAAAGGAGGUGGAGGAAUACAAGAACUUCCGGCCGGAUGAUCCCACCCGGAAAACCAAAGCGCUGCUGCAGAUGGUCCAGCAGUUCGGGGUGGACUUUGAGAAGCGGAUCGAGGGCUCCGGGGACCAGGUGGACACACUGGAGCUGUCUGGUGGUGCCAGGAUCAACCGCAUCUUCCAUGAGAGAUUCCCUUUUGAGCUCGUGAAGAUGGAGUUCGACGAGAAGGAUUUGAGGCGAGAGAUCAGCUAUGCCAUCAAGAACAUCCAUGGAGUGAGGACGGGGCUCUUCACCCCCGACCUGGCCUUCGAGGCCAUUGUGAAGAAGCAGGUGGUGAAGCUGAAGGAGCCGUGCCUCAAGUGCGUGGACCUCGUCAUCCAGGAGCUCAUCAACACGGUCCGGCAGUGCACCAGUAAGCUUGGAUCCUACCCCCGGUUGCGGGAGGAGACGGAGCGCAUUGUGACCACACACAUCCGGGAACGGGAGGGCAGGACCAAGGACCAGAUCCUGCUGCUGAUCGACAUCGAGCUCUCCUACAUCAACACCAACCACGAGGACUUCAUUGGCUUUGCCAAGAGAGACAGCGCCCAGCAGAGGAACACCCAAGCCAACAAGAAAAGAGCCAUUCCCAACCAGGGGGAGAUCCUGGUGAUCCGGAGGGGCUGGCUCACCAUCAACAACAUCAGCAUCAUGAAGGGAGGAUCCAAGGAAUACUGGUUCGUGCUGACGGCAGAAUCCUUAUCCUGGUACAAGGAUGAGGAGGAGAAGGAGAAGAAAUACAUGUUGCCUCUGGAUAACCUGAAAAUCCGGGAUGUGGAGAAGGGAUUCAUGUCCAACAAACACGUCUUUGCCAUCUUCAACACGGAGCAGAGGAACGUGUACAAGGAUCUCCGUCAGAUCGAGCUGGCCUGUGAUUCCCAGGAGGAUGUGGAUAGCUGGAAAGCCUCUUUCCUCCGCGCCGGAGUCUAUCCGGAGAAAGACCAAACGGAGCCGGAGGACGGUGCUCAGGAGAACACGUUUUCCAUGGAUCCCCAGCUGGAGCGGCAGGUGGAGACCAUCCGCAACCUGGUGGAUUCCUACGUGGGAAUCAUCAACAAAUCCAUCCGGGAUCUCAUGCCAAAGACCAUCAUGCACCUCAUGAUCAACAACACCAAGGACUUCAUCCACUCGGAGCUCCUGGCCUACCUGUACUCCUCGGCCGACCAGAGCAGCCUGAUGGAGGAGUCUGCAGAGCAGGCUCAGCGCCGGGAUGAGAUGCUCCGGAUGUACCACGCGCUCAAGGAGGCUCUGCUCAUCAUCGGGGACAUCAGCACCAGCACCGUGUCCACCCCCGUGCCCCCCCCCGUGGAUGACACCUGGCUGCAGACGGGCACCGCAUCCCACAGGUGCGGCCCCAUUCCCAUGCCCUUCCCGAUGGGAAUCGUGGGCUCCAUCACUGAUCCUCUCUCUGUGCUCUCUCCGCAGCCCCCCCCCCCAGCGCCGCCCCUCCAGCAUCCUGCCCCCCGGCCGCCCCCCGGCCGUGCGGGGUCCCACACCAGGGCCUCCGCUCAUCCCCAUCCCUGUGGGAGCCCUUUCCUCCUCUUCCUCCUCUUCCUCCUCCUCCUCGGCCGCCCCCCCCAUCCCAUCCCGUCCCGGACCCCAGCUCCUAUUCCCUGCCAACAACGACCCCUUCUCGGCGCCGCCGCAGAUCCCGCUGCGUCCUGCCCGCAUCCCACCGGGAAUCCCGCCCGGAGUGCCCAGCAGGAGGCCCCCGGCCGCUCCCAACAGACCCACCAUCAUCCGCUCGGCUGAGCCCUCCCUCCUCAAUUAGGGCUUGGGAAUGGGGCUAUGGAAGUGGAGGGGGGGGGACACAGGGAACCCCCCCCCCCCAGAGCCCUAUGUCUAACCCCUGGUUGUGCCCCCCCCCCCCCCAUAACCCACUAUGGAUUAGAGAUGAUUUGGGGGGGGGUCACCAUUGCACUUUGUCCCCAGCUCCGGCGCUGUGGGGCUGAUCCCAGCCCUGCUCCUUUGCUUCCUUCCUCCUUCCCUUCCUCUUCCUCCUUCCCACAUCCCCCCCCCCCAAAUUUUGUAUUAAUAUAUUCUCUAUAAAAUCAAUGAUUUUGGGGCUUUCUCCCCCUUAUCCCGA